AUGUCAAAUAUUCCAAUUGUCGAUUUCUCUGCCUGGAACUCCUCCGACACAAGCGCUCGGCUUCGUGUUGCAAAGGAACUUGUCAAAGCUAGUAAAGAGGUUGGCUUUGUCUAUAUCGUAAACCAUGCCCUGCCAGAUGCGUUGCUCGAUGAAGCCUUUGACUGGUCUCGUCGGUUCUUUGCUCUGAGCCAAGAGGACAAGUUCAAAGCCCCUCAUCCUAAAGGAUGGGCAGUACACCGAGGCUACUCCUGGCCGGGACUUGAGAAAGUCUCCCAGGCCAUGAGUGAAGAGAAUGACGAAGAGCGGAUUGAAAAGCUACGAGAAGUUACCGACUAUAAAGAAAGCUAUGACAUAGGAAGUGACGAAAACAAGGACCAGCCAAAUCAAUGGAUUCCGGAAGACUUGCUUCCAGAGUUCAGGGUAUUCAUGACUCGCUUCUAUUGGGAAUGCUUCGGGGCUGCAUCCGAUAUAAUGCGUGCUCUGGCCGUCGGCAUUGGAUUAGAUGACGAAGAGCACCUUGUGAAGCGGCAUUCUGGUCAUAAUAAUCAAUUGCGGCUGUUGCACUACCCCCCAAUUCCAGCAGGAACGCUUGAAAGUGAAGCCAUGUCGCGCAUGCCCGCGCAUACGGACUGGAGCUCCAUGACAAUGUUAUUCCAAGAUGACUGUGGUGGCUUAGAGGUAGAGGACCCUUCUCAGCCGGGCACAUUCAUCCCAGCGACACCGGUGAAGAAUGCGAUUAUCAUGAAUGUUGGGGACUUGCUGCAAAGAUGGAGUAAUGACUAUCUCCGAUCUACGAACCAUCGAGUUGGACUGCCUCGGUUGAGCGAUCGCUUUACUGGAGCAAGCAGGAUGACUCGCGAACGAUAUUCAAUUCCUUAUUUCCUCGCACCAGAUCCGACGACGUUGAUUGAAUGCCUUCCAGCAUGUACUAACCGCGAUAACCCGGCCAAAUACGAGCCCAUCACUCAAGGUGAUUACAACCGCAUGAGAGCUUCCAUGCAGUAUUAG